AGAGACCUGUGUACAGCAUCAAGAACCUGACUGCCAGCCUGCAGGAGACCCAGUACAGCUGUGCCUGUGACCCACCUUGUGAUGGCAAACUUGUCUGCUACACCCCAGGAAAAUGCUACAUACACAAGGACAAACAGACAGGGCUGUUCAGCCGCAACUGUUUUACAUCCAUGGAGAUCUCCCGACUCAGCUGCUAUUCCAAAGCUGAGUAUGGAUUCUUUAAGUGCUGCGAGGGUAACAUGUGCAACGAGAAUUUGAAUCUGGAUCCUCUGCCCAGUAAGACUGUUGAUAAGAAAGAGUCAGACCUCAAUUUGAUCAUCAUCAUCACAGUUUCCAUCGCGGCCGCUGUCCUUGUGUUGGUGAUUGGGGCCUUGUUCUUUGUGCGCAGACAUAUGCACAAACGUAGAGCAGAGAGUCUUCUGUUGGCGCCAGAGGUUAGACUACUGGACGAUGAUGGUCUGUGUAGAGGAUUUCAUGUGGGUUCCAAGCAGGACCAGUGGUCGUCUGGAAGUGGGUCAGGUCAACCCACCUUGGUGCCAAGGACAGUUGGGAAACAGGUUACCUUGAUUGAGAGAAUAGGAAAAGGUAGAUUUGGAGAAGUAUGGCGAGGGAAGUGGUUGGACGAGGAUGUGGCAGUGAAAACAUUUUCUUCUUUGGAGGAGAUCAGCUGGAACCAGGAGACAGACAUUUACAACACAGGAAUGUUACAUCAUGAGAACAUCCUGGGCUACUAUGCUUCAGACACAGUGGGCAUUCUCUCCUGCACACAGAACUGGUUGAUCCUGCAGUAUCAUCGCAAUGGGUCUUUAUAUGAUUAUUUGCAGCGGAGUGAUCUAGACAUAGAGGAGAUGUUGUUGUUGGCACACUCAGCAGCUGCAGGACUUGCCCACCUCCACACUGAGAUCAAGGAAGGGACUGGCAAGCAUGAAAAACCUGGAAUAGCUCACAGGGACAUCAAAUCCAAGAACAUCCUGGUCAAAGACAACGGGCAGUGCUGCAUCGGAGACCUGGGCCAUGCUGUCAGAAGUAGUUGUUUAAAAACUGACACCGGACCAGACAAAUUAUUGGUCGGGACGAAACGAUACAUGGCACCAGAGGUGCUGACAGGGACUUUGAACUCGGAUGUUUUUGAGUCAUUUAAGUGCGUCGAUGUUUACGCUUUUGGACUUGUUUUGUGGGAAAUAGCCAGGAGAGCACGACCAUUUGCAGAAGAGUACAGAAUUCCAUUCUGGGAUAUUGUUCCGGCAGAUCCAAGUUUUGAAGAUAUGAAGAGGGCGGUGGCCACCGAGAAAUUGAGACCUCCCAUCCCCAACAAGUGGGCAAAGGAGCCCAUGAUGUGUGAGAUUGCUCAGCUGAUAUGUGAAUGCUGGGCACACAACCCCAAAGUCCGCCUGACCAUCCUGCGAGUGAAGAAGAACUUGCUCAACAUGCUCAAAGCAGCCAGCGGCCACAACUCUGAAAAACUGGAGAAACUUUCACCAAGAAUUGUAGAAACCAGCAGCAGAAGUAGUUCGGGAAACAGUUCCGGAAAUUUCAGUGGUCAUUUGUGA